AUGUCUGCACUGCGAAGGAAAUUUGGGGACGAUUAUCAGGUAGUGACCACUUCAUCCAGUGGCUCUGGAUUUAAUCAAGCUGCUCCUAAAAAGAAAAGGCAAAGGUUUGUGGAAAAGAACGGCCGAUGUAAUGUCCAACAUGGGAACCUUGGAAGUGAGACCAGCAGAUACCUCUCUGAUUUAUUUACCACGCUUGUAGAUCUCAAAUGGCGUUGGAACCUAUUUAUUUUUAUCCUGACCUACACUGUUGCCUGGCUGUUUAUGGCAUCUAUGUGGUGGGUAAUUGCUUACAUGAGAGGGGAUUUGAAUAAAGCACAUGAUGAAAAUUACACCCCCUGUGUGGCCAAUGUCUACAACUUUCCAUCAGCUUUUCUGUUCUUCAUUGAAACAGAAGCCACCAUCGGUUAUGGUUUCAGGUACAUCACUGAUAAGUGCCCGGAAGGGAUAAUCCUCUUCCUCUUCCAGUCAAUCCUAGGCUCCAUUGUUGAUGCCUUUUUGAUCGGCUGUAUGUUUAUUAAGAUGUCUCAACCCAAAAAAAGAGCUGAGACUCUGAUGUUCAGUGAACAUGCUGUUAUCUCUAUGAGGGAUGGCAAACUAACUCUUAUGUUCAGGGUGGGCAACCUCCGCAACAGCCAUAUGGUUUCUGCUCAGAUCCGUUGUAAAUUACUCAAAUCUCGGCAGACACCUGAGGGAGAGUUCCUCCCCCUCGAUCAACUUGAGUUGGAUGUGGGUUUUAGCACAGGAGCGGAUCAGCUUUUUCUGGUCUCCCCUCUUACAAUCUGCCACAUGAUUGAUGCCAAGAGUCCAUUCUAUGACCUCUCUCAGCGAUCCAUGCAAACAGAGCAGUUUGAAAUCGUUGUCAUUUUAGAGGGUAUUGUGGAAACAACUGGAAUGACUUGCCAGGCACGGACAUCAUACACUGAGGAUGAAGUUUUAUGGGGUCAUCGUUUUUUCCCAGUAAUAUCUCUUGAGGAAGGUUUCUUUAAAGUAGACUACUCACAGUUCCAUGCAACGUUUGAGGUUCCAACUGCACCUUAUAGUGUUAAGGAACAAGAAGAAAUGCUUCUCAUCUCUUCUCCAUUAAUAGCACCAGCAGUAAGUAACAACAAAGAAAGAAAUAAUUCUGUAGACUGCCUAGAUAGUCUUGAUGACAUUAGUACAAAAAUGCCUUCAAAACUUCAGAAAAUGACUGGCAGAGAGGACCUGCCGAGAAAACUACUCAGAAUGAGUUCUACUACUUCAGAAAAGGCUUAUAGCAUGGGGGAUUUGCCAAUGAAACUUCAACGAAUUAGUUCAGUUCCUGGCAACUCAGAGGAUAAACUGGGCAUUAAAACUACAAAGAUGAUGUCUGAUCCAAUGAGUCAAUCUGUUGCAGAUCUACCACCAAAGCUUCAAAGAUUGUCUGGUGGGGGCAGGAUGGAUGGAAACUUACCGCCUAAAUUAAGGAAAAUGAACUCAGAUCGAUUUACAUAACAUUAACUGUUAAGCAUUACUUGUAUGGGUAACUAAUGAUCUAAAUAAAAAUAUAUAAGGAACCGUACACAUGCAGUCCUUGUUGAAAUGCAUAAAACAGGAUUUCCUAGGUAUGACAUGACAAAUGGGCUACAAUGUUAAAGUUGAGAUAGUAAAGACUGUACUGUACAUAUAGUGCUUUGAUAAAAGACCUAAAUUGUUUUUAUGGUCUUACUAGAACUACAGUAUUACUAACUGGCAUGUAGUAUCACAUCGCGCAUGCAAUAAUAGUGUGCAUAUUUUGCAUAUAGUUUUAUGGCAUGAGUGUUUAUAUUGUAUAAUCAGAAUAUGAAAGGGGCAUUAUUAUCCCCAUAUUUUUUAAGAUAAGUAGUUCAUAAGAAUGCAUAAUUAUAAG